CGAGAUCAGACCGGAAAGGUCCUUGCUGAUCGUAACGGUCCACAGGGCGUGUUCCAGGCAUGCAUAUAUUAAGGAUGAUCUGGUGCCCCUCAUAAUACCCCAGACGUCCUGUCUGUAAUCCAGUCUGUCACCGCUGACAACAGAUCAGCCGGAACUAAUCUUGUGGAAGAAGAAGUCACAACAGCGCAACAACAGCUACAACCAUGCCUCUCUCGCCCAAAGCCUACACCUUUCUAUGCGGUUGUUUCGCAGCCCUUGGUUCGAUCCUUUUCGGUUACGAUCUCGGUGUCAUCGCCGCUGUCUUGCCCGCUCCAGACUUCUUGAGGGUCACCGAUAACCCGAACCCCACCUUUGAAGGAUUCAUCGUUUCAUCCCUUACUCUUGGAGCGUUCUGUGGAUGUAUCCCCGCCUCAUUGAUCGCCGAUAAGUUUUCCCGUCGAAUGGCCAUCUUCGUCGGAGCUAUCAUCUUUCUGCUCGGAGGGAUCCUGCAGACCGCAGCUUCCAACAGGGAGAUGAUGCUGGCAGGUCGAUUCUUCGCCGGACUGUCGAUCGGGAUGUUGUCCUUGCUCGCCCCUCUUUAUCAGUCGGAGAUCGCCCAUCCUUCCAUCCGAGGACGCUUGACCACCUUGCAACAAUUCUUCUUGGGUAUCGGUGCUUUUAUUGCCGGUUGGAUUGGUUAUGCUACCACCGAGACUAGUUGGGGUACUGCUUUGCAGUGGCGUUUGCCGCUGGCCUUCCAAUUGCUGCCUGCGAUCCCCCUGGCUGGCAUGAUCUUCUUGCUUCCCGAAUCUCCUCGCUGGUUGAUGAUCGUCGGCAGAGAAGAAGAGUCUUUGACCACCCUCGCUCGACUCCAUGCGCGUGGUAACGAAAACGACGCGUUCGUUCAAGAGGAAUUCAAGGAGAUGCGCCUCAAGGUCAGGGAGGAAGCCAACGCCGAGAGCGCUUGGAGGCAGAUCUUCGGAGACCGAACCAACCUUCGGAAGGUCAUGCUCGGAGUCACGCUUCAGUUUUCCGUUCAGAUGACCGGUGUCUCCGUAUUGCAAUACUACUCUGCCCGUGUCUUCUCUGGAGUCGGUUUCAAGCCCAACACCACUUUCCUGCUUCAAUCGAUCAACAGUGUCUUAGCGCUCUUCGCGCAGGCUGCGUGUGUCAUCUGGAUCGAUAAGACGGGACGACGAUGGCCAAUGAUCAUCGGUAACAUCGGCUCAGGAUGCACCUUCAUCGGAGCCACUAUCAUUCAGGCCAAGUUUGCCAACGGGAACGGCACUAAGAGCGAUGGUUAUGCAUUUGUCGCGAUGACGUGGAUUUUCAACGUUUUCUUCAGUGCAUGUAUUGGGCCUCUCUCGUGGGCCUACCCCGUCGAAAUUAUGAACACUGCGAUUCGCGCCAAAGCUACCGCGUUGACCUCGAUGUCCUGUUGGAUUGCCAAUUUCAUGAUUGGACAAAUCAGUCCCGAGGUAUUCAAAGCAAUCGACUGGAAGUACUACAUCGUCUUCAGCGUCUGUGGAUUUUCAAACGCUCUCGUAAUCUGGCUGUUCUUCCCGGAAACCGCCGGCCGAACCCUCGAAUCUAUGGAUCGUCUCUUCAAGGAGAGCCCGUUGAUCGUGCCUUUCUCCAACUACGACUGGAAACAGGGAACCCGUGGGGAUACCGAGUCCGCCUUGGAGCAACCCUCGACUCCUGUGGACGAAAAGAACGAACUCAAGGGCGAGCUUUCUCACGAGGAGACUCACGAUGUCAACAGGUUGCACUAGAGAUGUCGCAAAAUCUAGCAAAUUAGGGUUGGUUUCCAAGGGGGUUUGUCAUGCAGAAAGGCUUUAGUGUUCUUGUAGUAUGUGAAUGUACAAUCGAUCGAGGUCUUGACGCAAAAUUUGCUAAGCGCGGAGUCCGCCAGAACAUCGUCGAAGCGAAGAACCUGAAACGCGAAAUGCCAUCGGCCGAACCCGCCCGAUGGCCGAUGAUCCCGAUGACGCGCAUGACGCGUCG